AUGGCCGCUGCCCUUCCCCGCGGCCCUGACGACAUCGAGGCCCAAUUUGAGAAGCUGCGACAGCAACAGCAGCUUGCUGAAUUACGCCAAAAGGUGCACCAACUUGAAACGCCGCAGCCAGUCGCUCUUUGCGUAAAGGACUUUGAAGCUUUUAUCGAGCCACUCGACGUCGAUAAGAACCCCAAUGUCAUCCGAUGGUUCCGCGACUUGGAGCGUCUCUUUGCACUUUACCGAGUGCGCGAUGCAGUUAAUUUUUUCUUCACCCUUCGGCUCCUCACCGGCACAGCCGCUAACGUCCCAAAAGAACUUGUUGUAACCACUUAUGAUGAGUUGAAGAAAGAGUUGAUCGACAAUCUUCACGUCGUUGCUACGCCCGAAUCUGUUUAUCGCCAACUCCGUAACCGUCGAUUGCGGCCCCAGGAAUCCGCCCUGCACUACUUGUUUGACAUGCAGCGCAUCGCAGACCAAGCCAGUAUCGCCGAUUCAGAACUGAUCCCGAUCGUCAUCGACGGCUUGGGAAGCCCGUCAAUUACGUCGAGUCUGCAUUUCAUGCCUCUUACGAUGAACGACUUCCGGAAGAAAUUAAAACUUUUCGAAUCUUGCCGUCAUCUUUGCACCACCCAGCCCCCUUCCGCUGAUGCCCGGGCCACAACGAACAGCUGUAUGGAACGGCCCCGCCCAUCGCAGGAACCCAUCCGCUGCUUCAACUGCUCCCGAUUCGGACACCUUCAGAACGCGUGCCCGCGACCUAAGCGCCCACCCGGCGGAUGUUUUCGUUGUUUCCAGACUGGACACGUCUACCGUAACUGCCCUGAACGUCGGGCCAACGCCACUGUCGAGGGCAAUACUAGUUCGGACGAAGCUCUCGCCACAAAUCAAGAGGAAGUCCUGUGAGCUUCAUUAGCGACACGAUAGUACCAGUCAAGAUGCUAGGACCUCUUUCCGCUACCGAAUACUGCACUAUGAUUAAGGGACCACUUUACUCUCGAGGAAAAAUCGAUUGUACUAUCCGAUUUAAGAAUCAUUCCGUUCGACACUCUUUUAUUAUAUUACCUGGAAUUGCGUGGCCAGUCAUUAUCGGUCGCGAUUUACUGAACUCACUUAAUAUUUUUCUUACGUAUUCAUCUCUUACAACUUCAUGUAUUA